AUGUUCAACGAUACCGGGAGUAUCGAAGAGCAUGAAUUCCUCUCUAGCAUCCGGCGAGCUGUCGAGGGCUAUCGCAUGAAAUCACCAUUUCACUUCGCACUGCAUAUUGACGUGCAGAAUCAAGCCGGCAUCCCGGUGACCGAAACCGGGAUUAGCCCCUCUCUGAAGGUCGCCGUUGUCUUCAGCAGCUACGGAAAGGAGUUCACUCGAUCAUGUCGUCCAUCCUUUCGAAAAGGCCGUUUCGUCAACAAGGUUCUGGUGCGCGAGGGCAGGAAUUGGAUCUCCAUCAACAAGAGCUUGUCCUUGCACUUCCCCGUAAGCGAUUCUAUUGCCACCCAUGGGACAUUGGCGAGAUACUGGGACUCUAACGGGAAAGCGUUCAACUGGAACGGACUGCCCACUGAGCUGAAAGAGAACGUCAUCCAGGUCUGCAUCCACAGAGCUCCACACUUUGCUGACUACUUCCACGGAAUUCCCCGACAGCGAAGCCCUCGCCAUUGCAAGAGGCUCCCUUGCGAGUUGAUUACUAGGCUUGGAGGCUUUGAAGCACUUCUAAGUGUCUCAACACAAGUCCGCACAAUCACGCUGCGCCUGUGCUUCAAUGGAAGCCUGUAUUUCGACAAGGGCUUUUGCGUCACCAGCUUCGCCUACACCGAGUUCCAAGCCCGCAUGAAGCGCCUCGCGAAGCACUACCAACUCACCGAGCCAAACGGUAUGCCCGUCGAUCAGCGCACAUACGUCCUCGCCAACCGCUACAAGAAGUUUCCCAAGUUCUAUCCCGAGCUCAGUCGCUACGCAACGUUCCGCCACGGAAUUCGCAAGCUCUGCCUGUCCUUCGACAUUGUGUCGUCCAUGCACUUCUUCAAGGUGUCCGCCGGUAGCUUCGAUCGCUACUGGCACCGUAACUACAUCAACUGCGAAGUCUUCGAUCAGCUUCCCCACCUGAACGCAGUCGUCGUCUUCCUCCCGAACCGCCAGAAGGAAUGGAGGGAUAUUGCAGGCCAGCUCGCCCCAACUCUCUUCCACCAGGACUGGCCCUGCCCUCGCAUCCUGAUUCGCCUCAUCUAUGAGCGCGUCGCCGAGGUGCUAGCACCCUACGAAGAUGCUGCCGUCAAGCACUUUCUGGAUGAAGAAGAAGAACAGCGAUAUCAGAACCUUCGCCAGGCUGCGGUGCUCGCGCUUAAGUUCACUGAGAGUGAGUUGAGGGAGCUUUACGCGGACUGCGGAGGAGGCAUCGAGCUGGACGAAGAGUGGGAGGUCGGAACGGAGACUUCUGGUUCCCGUACUUUGUGCGAGGAACCUGAGUGCGCAGACAAAGAUGAAGGAUUCUUCCCUCCCCGCUGCGAGUGCGCAUUUCCCUGUGUGGACGUUUUUCACCUCUAGUUCCGCGCAUGGAUCGGAGAUAGGCGAAAGGAAACUGUUGUGCGGGUGCUGCAAUCGGCUAGGUUCGCAGCUGGCUUCCGACUUUAUGGUCAUCUUUCUUCUUCCUACCUUGGCGUUUCAUGCAGCAACCGGGCCAAAAGGGUGCUUGGACAAUAGGAUCAGUGGAAACUAUAUCCCGGGAUUCUUCGAAGGCGGCACUCCUGCACGGCCAAUUCUCAUUUCCUUUUCUUCUCAUAUCGACUGGCGUCCAGACAUCAAGACCUCGAUGUUUCCUGGGAACUUCUCUAUCUGCCCCGGACUACAUUACUGUUCAAGGUCAUGGGUAGACGUUCGGACCGGUGGACUUUCAAUCUGGCGUCUGGAUUCUUUCUGUCUCUCUUCAUGGCUAGCGGUGGUACUCUAGCACCUAUCUGUAAGGCGUAGAAAUGAUUC